AUGGAGGACAUGCUGUUCGACUUCGACCAGGACGGCGCGGCGGACUUCGCGCUGUGGGGUCAGAUGGAGCAAAACCUGCAGUUCCAGAGCCAGCUGGACACCUUCCUGCUGGACUGCACGGCGGCCAGCGGCCAGCUGUCCCCCUGGUCCUCCUUCGGCUGCCAGUCCAUGUUCCCGGACGCGCAGCUGACCUUCACCGACCUGGACGUGCAGUCUCCGGGCGCGCAGGGCGCGUGCCUGGGCGAGGCCGAGGCCUCCUCCUCGGAGGAAGCCCUGGAGGUGAGCAAGCGCAGGGCGCGCCGGCUGGUGACGCACCAGCCGUACAAGGUGCAGCGGCACGCGGCCAACAUCCGCGAGAGGAAGAGGAUGCUGAGCAUCAACUCCGCCUUCGAGGAGCUCCGCUGCCACGUGCCCACGUUCCCCUACGAGAAGCGGCUGUCCAAGAUAGACACCCUGCGGCUGGCCAUCGCCUACAUCGCCCUGCUGAGGGAGAUCCUCAUGUCGGGCUGCGACCCCAAGUCCUAUGUGGACGAAUGCAUGAAGAAUGGCUACAAGAAUCAGACCAACGCCAUCUGGAACACCAGCGGUGAGCUGAUUGGAACCUUUUAA